AUGGAUGCUCUAAUUGGAAAUCUAAAGACUCAUGAGAUGAACCGAAGUUAUGAUCAGUCAAAGAAGGUAGUCAAGAAAGAAAGAAAAGAUGGACACUUUAUAAGAGAGUGUCCAUUGCUCAAAGUUGAAAACAAAGAAUAUCAAAAACCAAGAGGUAAUAAAGAAAAGCAAAGGGACCUGGUACUCAAUAAGAAUGAUCGAAAAGUUGUUGCUGGCUAUGUGGUCAAGAAAGAUCUUGUUUCAUGGGGAGACUCUUCAAGUGACUCAGAAGAUCUUGAUGGAUCAAAUGAUGUGUCAAUGGUGCUGGUGCAUCUGAUAAAUGAGAAAGGUGAAAAGAAAAAAGAAAAGUCUAAUGGUUUACAAGUUGAGCUUCAAGAAAAACUGAAAACCUUUGACACUAAUCUUGGUUUGGCUUUGGAAAGGAGCAACAGCUUAGAAAAAGAUAUUAUCAAACUUAAAGAUGAACUUGAAAAAUCUCUUAAGUGGACAAAAUCUUCUAAGCUUCUUUCAAACAUAACAAAUCAAAGUAAUUUCAACAAGAAGGGUCUAGGAAGUUUCAUUAUCACUCCUCCUUUCAAUCCUCAUAGCAAAUAUGUGAGUGAGAGGAGAAGCAGUCAAUGUUGCUACAUGGACAGUAGAUUCUGUAAACAUACGACUAGUGAUAUCAAAAAUUUCCUCUCACUCAAGGCACUUCAAGGAGGAGGUGUAUCUUUUGGUGAUGGAAAGAAAGGGUAUAAUUUAGGUGUUGGUAAACUGGGAAAAUCGCUUGGGGAAUCCACUAACAAAGUGUAUCAUUUCAGUGGGUUGAAGUAUAGUCUUUUGAGUGUGUCUCAAAUUUUUGACAAGGGAAAUGAAGUGAAGUUUACAUCUGAUAAGUGCACUGUAGUUAAUCUAACUACAAAGAAAGUGAUUCUUACUGAUCAUAGAAGAAAGGUUGAUCCUAGAAUUUAUGAGUUAGUGUCGGUAGGAUAUUCUUCAUCAAGUAAAUCAUACAGAGUUUUCAACAACAGAACACAAUGUAUUGAAGAAAGUAUUCAUGUUGUGUUUGAUAAAGAUGGAAAUCUGAAAGGUGUUGUAUCAAAUGAUGAAGAUGAGUUGAUUGAGCUGUUUAAUUCUCAAAAAAUUGAAGGAAGUGAAGUUCAUGUAAAUGACCAGUUGGGGAUUGACAAUGCUGAUCAAAGCUCAUCUGAAAAGGCUAAUGAAGUUGAAAAAUGUGAAGAGGAACAUGGUACCAUUCUGAACUCAAGUCAGAAUAUCUCAAACUCUCCAAAAAAUGAAGAAUUCCUUGAAGAAGAAGAAUAUAUUAAUCGCCUUAACUAG